GCCAACGCAAUUUCAUGCUAUCGCCCAAUGAGAGGUUGCUGGACGCCUGGUACAGUAAGAAAGGAGUCAGAAAAUGUUAGUCCACCAGAUUGGGCACCCCCUCGUUCCUGUCGGCACCGCGCAGGUCUGAAUGCUUUUCCCAAUUUUUCGAAAGGAAGAUACCGCACCGCUGUUCAAGCUGUUGAGAGUCUGUAGAAACUCCAUUCGAUUUUCAGUAGCCACACGCAUCCAUCAUGGCCACCUUGCAGUUGGACGGCCAUGAACGAGCCAUUUUGGAUCGCCAGUUGAAUGGCCUCGAAACCGACGGCAAAAAGAGCAACCAUGUCUUUGUAUAUGCGACGUUUUUGGACAAGGUCAUUCUGUCGAUUAGUUCCCUAUGUGCAAUUAUUGCUGGCGCCCUGAAUCCUCUGGUUCCUGUCAUCUACGGUCUUCUUGUUGGUGUAUUCGAUGGCUUCACCGCUGGAACUGUUACCGCCAACGAGCUGCGGUCCAAGAUAUCAACGUUUAGCCUCUACUACGUCUACCUCGCCAUCGCACUCUUCGGCUUCUCAUAUGUAUCCACUGUUGGCUUCUACUACUCUGGAGAGCGCAUCGCUCGGGCGUUACGAACUGCAUAUCUGUCGGCAAUCAUGCGCCAGAAUAUGGCCUUCUUUGACCUACUUGGACCGGGGGAAAUAACAAACUGUAUCAUGUCGGACAUGGGUGUCGUCCAAGAAGCUGUCACAAGCAAGGUUUCAGUUAUGCUGACUGCCGUUGCGCAGUUCUGUGCUGCUUUCGUCAUCGCCUUUAUAAUGUAUUGGAAAAUGGCAUUCAUCAUCACUCCCUUUUUUGUCACCAUGAUCGUGGUGGGAAGCGUCGGUGGAGCGUAUGUCGUCAAACACCAUAAAAAGGCCAUGGCAAUUUACGGCCAGGCGUCCGUCUUAGCGGAGGAGGCCAUCAGCGCUGUAAGGCAUGUAACUGCCUUCGGAAUCCAACCGUUAUUGUCGCGACGAUAUCUCUCUGCGCUGGAUCAGGCGGCGAAGGCGGAUGCUAAAGCAGAGAACACGGUUUCGGCCAUAAUCGCUUGGUCAAAUGCCAUGCCGUGUCUCAUCUACGCACUCUCCUUCUGGGCGGGCUCCAAAUUCCUGGUCAAAGGAGAGGUCUCCGUUGCAGAGGUGACGACAACGACUUUGGCCGUAACUAUCGGCUCGUUUGCCAUCGCCAGAAUCGCUCCUUCAGCCCAAGCAUUAACAUCCGGGAUCGCAAUCGCUGGCACAGUUCUGAAAGCCAUUGCGAGACAGUCACCCCAGGACCCAUUGUCGGCUGGAGGAGAAGAGCCUGAGGGAGUUGUGGGCGAUAUCCAGUUGGAGGAUAUUGGAAUGGUGUAUCCCUCUCGGGAUGAUGUGAAGAUAUUAAACGGCAUAACCCUGAUCUGUCCCGCAAUGCAGAAGACAGCUAUCGUGGGCCCAUCGGGAAGCGGAAAGAGCAGUAUUCUGGGAUUGAUAGAGCGAUUUUACGAGCCAACGAGUGGCAAAGUAAUAGUGCUUGACGGUCGGGACAUACAACUUUUGAAUCUUGGCUGGUUGCGGCGCCAUAUCGCCAUUGUCGAUCAAAAUCCGAUCCUCUUCAGUGCCUCUAUAUUUGAGAAUAUUCAGUACGGAUGCUCUGAGAUGUUGAGUCAGCUAUCAACAGCCGAAGUCUACGAACGAGUCACAGAGGCUUCUAAGAAAGCUAAUGCACAUGACUUUAUCAUGAUGUUGCCCGAUGGCUACGACACCCAAGUGGGUGAGAAGGGCCUCCAGCUCUCUGGGGGGCAGCGACAGAGAAUUGCCAUAGCCCGAGCAUUGAUCAAGGACCCAAAGAUCCUUCUGCUUGAUGAAGCAACAUCUGCGUUGGAUUCAAAGUCCGAAGCAGUAGUACAGACAGCGCUUGAUGCCGCGGCAGAGCAUCGCACAACUAUCAUAGUUGCACAUCGUCUGUCAACUAUCCGUAAUGCUGAUAACAUUAUUGUUCUCGCCGAAGGCAAGGUUGUUGAACAGGGAAAGCAUGAGGAACUCAUUGCAAAGAACGGCGUCUAUUCUGCGUUGGUGCAGAAGCAAAAAAUUGAAGAUGGGAAAGAACAAGCAAACAUCGACAAUCGCCUUUCCAUCGAUGACAUUGAGAAUGGCUCACAAAGGAUGUCAGCAAAAAAUCUCGAUGAGAAGAUUAUUGAAGUAGAGGAACGGCACCGCAGCUCAACUGCAGGGAUGGCAGCAGAAUCGGGGAACAGUUCCCAGCGCCUAAGUGCGAAACACACACUGGCUUUCAUUGGAAACAUGGCUAAAGAUGACUGGAAAGUAUUACUUCUCGGGAUGAUCUGUGCUAUCCUUGCCGGUUUAGGAAUUCCCGUGCAAUCCAUAUUCUUCGCCAAACUCUUGACAGCUUUUGGUUUGCCACCUGCUCAAUAUGCUCAUCUUCAAGACGAGGCAAAGCUUUGGUCCGGCCUGUACGUUGCCAUGGCAGGUGCUGCUUUCAUUUUCUGGAUGGCUGUUGGCAUAACGCUGUCAUACGCAACUAAACAGCUCUCACGCCGAGUCCGUGAUGCCUGUUUUAAGUCCAUCAUGACGCAAGAUAUGGCUUUCUUCGAUGAAGCUAAGAAUGCCCCUAGCGCACUUUCAAGCCUGCUCUCGAAGAGUACGAAUGACCUUGCCGGAAUGGGCGGUCCUGUUAUUGGCGGGAUCCUGACAUUCAUCUCGACGAUUAUCGCCGGCAUCGUUCUCUCUUUAGCUGUAGGGUGGAAGCUAGCCCUUGUUUGCACUGCUACUAUGCCUGUCGUGGUGGCCUGUGGCUGGCUUCGGCUGCAGAUGCUAUCGGCAUUUGAUAGCAAGAUUAGACAGAGUGGACUUGAUUCAGCGGCUUAUUCUGGAGAACUUGUCCGCUCAGUGCGGACAGUCGCAUCCCUUGGACUUGAAAAAUAUGCUCUGGCUCGUUACGACGGCUUCUUAGCAAAGCAAGCAGCCAAGUCUCUUCGCUCUAUACUCUCUGCCUCUAGUCUGUACGCCGCGUCGCAAUCUCUUGUCUAUCUCUGCUCUGCUUUGGCGUUUUGGUAUGGCGGAACCCUCAUAGCAGAUGAGGAGUACACCACUUUCCAAUUCUAUAUAUGUUUCGUCAGUCUUAUUUCAGGGUCUCAGAUCGCUGGAUCCAUAUUUACCUUUGCGCCUGAUGCUAGCAAAGCUAUGCAUGCCAGCGAUGAACUGCAGCGCAUCCUGAACGUAAAGCCUAGCAUCAACAAUAAAGCAUGGAGUAGGCAUUCUGCGGACGAAAUGCAACUGAAAGAGAAACAAGAUUUGGAGACGAGCAGCACCUGUCAAAUUCACUUUGACAAUGUGUCAUUUACUUACCCUACUCGGCCAAACCGCCGUGCUCUCGAUGGGCUCAGUGUUACAAUCAAGCCAGGCCAGACUCUUGCCCUCGUCGGUCAGAGUGGAAGUGGAAAAAGCACGUGCAUAUCCCUACUCGAGCGCUUCUAUGAUCCGGAUCACGGACGGAUUCUUAUCAAUGGACAGGAUAUUCGAGAUUUGGAUGUGGACGAGUACCGCCGGACCAUCUCACUUGUUAGCCAAGAAACAAUCGUGUUCUCGGGCACAAUAAGAGAGAAUGUGGCCAUCGGGUUGGCCGAGAACGCAGUAAGCGAUGACGACGUUCUGGCAGCGUGCAGAGCGGCCAACAUUCUAGAGUUUGUAGAGUCGCUACCUGAAGGGCUGUCCACACCUGUAGGUACUGGCGGAAGCAUGCUCAGCGGUGGGCAAAAGCAGCGCAUCGCCAUUGCACGCGCCUUUCUCCGAAAGCCAAAAGUGCUGCUGCUCGACGAGGCCACUUCAGCGCUGGACACCGAGUCUGAGACCAUUGUUCAGGCAGCCAUGGAUGCUGUCAGAAAGGGCAGGACCACCAUCAUGGUGGCGCACCGGCUUCGCACCGUUGUGAAUGCAGAUGUUAUCUGCGUGCUGCAGGAUGGGGCGUUGCUGGAAAUGGGCAGCCACGAGCACUUGAUGGAGAGGCGAGGGAAAUACUGGGAGAUGGUUGGGAUGCAGGCUCUACACUAA